GCAGUUGAACUAAUAUGUCCAAAAACCACCUACACCAAAUUCCUCCAAGUUCCAAACCCAACACUGUUAAUACCCCUCUCUUAUUUUGCCCACCACAGCCCAUGGCCACUGAAGACUUCAGCUUCCCCACAUUCACCGACACCACCUCCUCCGCCAUCGACUCUCCGCCUCUAUGGCGGUUGUCUCCGGUAGCCUCUCCUGAUUCUUGCCAUAGAAUCACUAAAACAGAAGAAGAAGAAGAAGAAGAAGAAGAAGAUAGUGACCAAGAAGAAGACUACCAAGAUUGUUUUCCAACACAGAAACCAAUCAAGGACUCCACCCAAAGAAAGAGCUUUUCAUGGGCAGAGCGAGGUGGAGGUGCAAAGUUGGAUGAUGAUGGUAAAGAUGAAGAUAAAGAGGAAAAGAUGGACAUGUUAUGGGAAGAUUUCAAUGACGAAUUGUUGAUGAAAAGAAUUCGAAGUUCAUCAAGAUUUGAUUCUGAUCAUAUGGUUAAAAUGGGAUGUGUUCAUCAGCUUCAAUCUCUGAGAUCAUCAACCAAAACUACUAAUACUGCCAUGGUUUCACCUGGGAAGCCUCCUGCAGCGUCAACAGCUGCAGGCUUGCUCCACUCUGGUUAAAGAAUCACAAGAAGAAGAUGAAGAAGGAGAAGAAGGUCCAAGUCAGGCCCGCCCAAUAGCAGCGUGCCAUAUCUAGGUAUGGAUGGUUAAUCGUUUUCACAUUUAAAGUCCAGAGCUUAUAAACCAUGUCAACCGUUAGAUGUGAAAUUAGCAUUAAUAUAUAUAAUAACAUAACACUGGAAGGUUGGCCUAGUCCCAUUUCAUCGAGUGAUUAAAGAUAUAUCACUUAUAUUUGAGUCUUUAUAUAAUGAUAGAGUCAGUUUUAAAGUUUUAAAUUCGAAUAUCAAUUAGAAUUAAUUAUAUUAAAAAAAUUUAUAAUAUUAAAACAUUAUAGAAGUUAUACACAUUAUAAAUUGGUAAUUAAUUGUGUACAUAAAUUCUACUCCAUAUAUAUCCUGAUGUUGAAAUGUAGCUUAAGAGGCUACAACUACUAUACAAAUGUAUGUAUAUAUUUUGUUGUAAAUCCCAUGAUUGGAUAAUAUUAAGUUGUAUUUGGAUAGAGACUAGAGAAUCAUUUAAAAUGAAAUAUUUGUUUGUUUAAUUUAAUAUAUAAUUAUCGAUAAGUGUUGG